ACGCCGUGGGUUAAGUUGUGAGAAACUCCGUGCGGAGAAAUAAAUAACAUAACAUUAAAAGAACUGAUACAACACGCUACCUGACAUGUUUACGAGUACUGGCGAUGUUUUAGUGGGAGUACUGGACUUUUGGACCUUGUUAUCGGCUGAGGGAUGAUGUAAUGCUGACACCAGCAGCGGGAUGUUUGUCCAGACCUGUGUUUGCUCGAGUCACGCGCAUAAAGCCAACACGGAGAACGGGGAACAGUUUUACAGACGUUCUCUCAGCGGAGGGUCGCCAUGUUGCGGGUGUGUGAGAAACUCCGUGAGGCGGACGAGAAGGGCAGGAGGUACGGACUAGCCCGGGCGGAGACAGGCUACCUCCGUGCCCUAGUGGACGCCAUGGCCGAAACGGACAGGCUGGCGGAAGUGGAGCUGCUCAAAACUCUGGGCGACGUGAACGUGGAGAAGGGAAGACUCGGGAAGGACGUGGGGAAGUUCAACACAGCCUUGGCGCUUUAUCUGGCUGCUAUGGUGCGGUGUUGCCAUGAAGAACAGGCAGAUGGUAUAGAACACCGCUACCACUACACGGAGAGGCUUUUACAAGGGGUGUCGUCACAUGGUAAGGAACAGUCAACUGAAGACAAGGAGACGACUACACCUGCAAAGGUAGCGGCAAAGUUUCAAGCCCUGGACAAAAGACGGGCUGCCGGAGGUAACACAGACUCUUUGCUGGUUGGAUACGCACAGGUGAUGGUAGAGGCGAUAGUAAACGACAACAGCAUGUUAGAAACAGAAGCGAUCAAGAGUCUGGGUGACGUGUACCUGAAAAGAGGAACAGAAACUGGAGACACUAGAAACUUGACUAGAGCUACUGCUCUGUACAACAGGGCACUGGCGCGGUGUCACAACGUUCAUGGAACAGUUGUCAUUGUACACCGCUUACUGCACACCGCAAAAAUCAGACAAGACAUCACCACAACAAGAAGCAAGAGGUCAACACGUCCGCAAAAACAGCAAGACGUGAGAGGACAGAAGGGCCACUUCUCUCCCUUCUCAGCUGCGCCCACUAGCGACGAGACCAGAAGUCAAGUUAAAGACGAGAUGUUAGUGCUUUUAUCCUACUGCAGGUACAUCCAGACGGCAGACCGUGACUUAGGAAAUGGAGACCUGGACGCAGCAGAGCAGAACCUAGCAGCCGCUCUGAAGCUUGUUCACGAUCGCAGUAAACCCAACAAGGCCGUAGAAGCCGACUGUCUGUGCAGGUUGGGUGACGUCUACGUCGAGCGAGGUAAGCGGACAGGAGAAGGUAGGAAAUUCACACAGUCGGCAGCUCUGUAUAACGCCUCCAUGGCCAGAACAGAUGGAGACAAACAAAACUUGGUAACAAAGCUGCAAGAAACAGAAAGGCAGUUUCUUAGAAACACCUGUAACCUUGACUGUGAACCGUGCCCGUAUAGCAGCGCGUUAGAUCACAUAAAGGAACUGGACAACUCGCGCGCACGUGCAAAAUCUCAGCUCGAAACAAUUCAUCAGGAACACAACCCUUAUCAGUAUGAUGAAGACGACCCCGUCGUGAGAGAGGUAGAGAUCAAACGAGCUGAAGCAAUCAAGAACUUGUUCAAGACCAUCACAUUUGGAAGACGAGAGUUCAUCCAAGUACUGACAGAUGAAUGCAUCGCCAAACUCGGACCUCCUCCCUGUAAGUACGCUUUCAUGGGGUUGGGGUCACAAGCCACAGAACUGGUGACGCCAUACUCCGACCUGGAGUUCGCCAUUCUGAUUGAAGAGGGGAAGGAUGAUGAUGAUACACGGAGGUACUUCCUAAAUCUCACACACUACUUACAUCUAAAAGUCAUCAACCUUGGGGAAACCAUCCUCCCAGCCAUGGCCAUCCCGUCACUCAACGACUUUCUCUCAGAAGACCCAGAGAAAGACUGGUUCUUCGACUCCGUCACACCUCGCGGCUUCGCCUUCGACGGCUUCAUGCCAUGGGCUUCUAAAACUCCGUUUGGAAGAGACCAAACCAAACGUAAACCUCCGGUUAUUCUCAUCCAGACUCCUGCCGAGUUGGCCAAGUAUCAGUAUAUCAGAAUUGCCCUGGCGGAAGGCUAUCACCUGUCAGACAUCCUCAGACGGGUGACCUACUUAACAGGGGAUGAGUCUUUGGUAGAGGAGUAUACAACCAUUGUCAGCAAAAGUGUAGACCGUUCCCCUGUUCUGUCACGUUUCUCAGCAAUGAUAAUACUGAAGGAUAAUAUUGAACAAAUUAAAAACGUUAAACCAACUGACCAACUUCUGAAUGUGAAAAAAGAAAUCUACCGUUUUCCUAGCAUGGUUGUUGAUGUGUUGAGUAUUUGCUGUGGUAUGACGAUCCCCAGUGUGUGGGGAACGAUAGAAGAGUUACACAAGACACAGCGGAUCAGUCACGAAGAUGCCCACCACUUGACUGUACUGAUCAGCAUCUCAGCGGAGCUACGGUUAAGAACGUAUAUUGCCAACGGAGGACAAACGGACAGACUGUCUCCUCUCACAGAGAUGAAAACCGAACUGGACAAACAUGACGUAGAUGACACUUUCGUCGAGUCAGUUUUCCAUAUACCGGAAUCCAAAAUGUUGUUCAGGUACUACUAUACUGUCAUUCCAUUAAAAAGAUGCAUUUUGGAUACAGUUCAAAAGGAAAAUCAAACCACCAAUAUAUUCCCAACAGCCAUAUUUGACACCUCAUCUCUAACCAGGGGUCGAAUAGCACAACAGCUGUUGCAGUUUGAGGCAUCCAAGCCUAUGAGUUAUUACGAACAGUCACUUAAGACGAGCAAAGUCAUUCAUGGUGAAACAACGCCACAUCCUGAUAUUGCGUCAUCACUUAACAACAUUGGAGCAUGUUGGAGUCGGCUUGGUGAUCAUAGAAAAGCUAUCAGUUAUCACGAACAGUCCCUGAAGAUGAUGAAAGCUAUCUAUGGCGAAACAAGGCCACAUCCUGACAUUGCUAGUUCACUAGGCAACAUUGGGAACUGUUGGAGCGACCUUGGUGAUCAGAGAAAAGCAGUCAGUUAUCACGACCAAUCACUGAAGAUGAGGAAAGCUAUCUAUGGUCAAACAACGGCACAUCCUGACAUUACAAAAUCACUAAAAAAUAUCGGGGCAUGUUGGCGUUACCUUGGCGAUCAGGGAAAAGCUCUCAUUUAUCACGAACAGUCACUGAAGAUGAGGAAAGCUAUCUAUGGCGAAACAACGCCACAUCCCGACAUUGCUUCAUCACUAACCAACAUUGGGUCAUGUUGGAAUGAGCUUGGUGAUCAGAGGAAAGCUAUCAGUUAUUUCGAACAGUCCCUGAAGUCGAAGAAAAAAAUAUAUGGCGAAACAACGCCACAUCUCGAAAUAGCUGAAUCACUAAACAACAUUGGCCUGUGCUGGAGUGAACUUGGUGAUCAGAGGAAAGCUAUCAGUUAUCACGAACAGGCACUAAAGAUGAGGAUAACUAUCUAUGGUGAAUCAACGCCACAUCCCGACAUUGCGUUGUCGCUUAACAGCAUUGGGGCAUGUUGGAGUGGCCUUGGCGAUCAGAGAAAAGCUAUCAGUUAUUACGAACAGUCACUGAAGAUGAGGAAAGCUAUCUAUGGCAAAACAACGCCACAUCUCGAAAUUGCAUCAUCACUUAACAACAUUGGGACAUGUUGGAGUCACCUUGGUAAUCAGAGAAAAGCUAUCAGUUAUUAUGAACAGUCCCUGAAGAUGAGGGAAGCUAUCUAUGGUCGAACAACGCGACAUCCAAAUAUUGCUGGAUCACUAAACAACAUUGGGAACUGUUGGAGUAACCUUGGCGAUCAUAGGAAAGCUAUUAGUUAUCACGAACAGUCACUGAAGAUGAUGGAAGCUAUCUAUGGCGAAACAACGCCACAUCCAAACAUUGCUGGAUCACUAAACAACAUUGGGUCAUGUUGGAGUGACCUUGGUGACCACAGCAAAGCUAUGAAGUAUUACGAACAGUCACUGAAAAUGAUGAAAGCUAUCUAUGGCGAUACAACGCCACAUCCCGACAUUGCUAAAUCACUAAACAACAUUGCGGCAUGUUGGAGUCACCUUGGUGAUCAGAUGAAAGCUAUCAGUUAUUACGAACAGUCACUGAAGAUGUUGAAAGCUAUCUAUGGGGAAACAACGCCACAUCCUGACAUUGCUUCAUCACUAAACAACAUUGGGAUAUGUUGGAGUGACCUUGGUGAUCAGAGGAAAGCUAUUGGUUAUUACGAACAGUCACUGAAGAUGAAGAAAGCUAUAUAUGGUGAAACAACGCCACAUCCCGCCAUUGCUUCGUCAUUAUAUAACAUUGGGGCAUGUUCGCACAAACUCGGUGAUCACAGUAAAGCCCUCAGCUAUUACGAACAGGCAUUGAAUAUGAUGAAAGUUAUCUACAGGGACAACCCGGCACAUCCCUACAUAGCAGGGGUACUGAACAAUAUCAGACUAUGUAAAAGUGCCCUCCGCGAGGACAUUUUGUAGCAGAAAGUCGCCAUGUUGCGGGUGUGUGAGAAACUCCGUGAGGCGGACGAGAAGGGCAGGAGGUACGGACUAGCCCGGGCGGAGACAGGCUACCUCCGUGCCCUGGUGGACGCCAUGGCCGACACGGACAGGCUGGCGGAAGUGGAGCUGCUCAAAACUCUGGGCGACGUGAACGUGGAGAAGGGAAGACUCGGGAAGGACGUGGGGAAGUUCAACACAGCCUUGGCGCUUUACAUUGCUGCUAUGGUGCGGUGUUACCAUGAAGAACAGGCAGAUGGUAUAGAACACCGCUACAACUACACAGAGAGGCUAUUACAAGGGGUGUCGUCACAGGGUAAGGAACAGUCAACUGAAGACGAGGAGACGACUACACCUGCAACGGUGGCGGCAAAGUUUCAAGAUCUGGACAAGAGACGGGCUCCCGGAGGUAACACUGACUUUUUGCUGGUUGGAUACGCACAGGUGAUGGUAGAGGCAAUAGUAAAGGACAACAACAUGUUAGAAACAGAAGCGAUCAAGAGCCUGGGUGACGUGUACCUGAAAAGAGGAACUGAAACUGGGAACACUAGAAACUUGACUAAAGCUACUGCUCUGUACAACAGGGCGCUGGCGCGGUGUCACAACGUUCAUGGAACAGUUGUCAUUGUUCACCGCUUAUUGCACACCGCAAAAAUCAGACAAGACAUCACCAGAAGAAACAAGAAACAACAAGGCUUUAGAGGACGAAAGUACCGCAGGUACAUCCAGACGGCAGACCAUGAUGUGAGAAAUCGAGACCUGGACGCAGCAGAGCAGAACCUCGUAGCCGCCCUGAAGCUGGUUCAUGAUCGCAAUAAACCCAACAAGGCUAAAGAAGCUGACUGUCUGUGCAGGUUGGGUGACGUCUACGUCGAGCGAGGUAAGCGGACAGGAGAAGGUAGGAAAUUCACACAGGCGGCAGCUCUGUAUAACGCCUCCAUGGCCAGAACAGAUGGAGACAAACAAAACAUGAAAACAAAACUGCAAGAAACAAAAAGGCAAUUUCUUAGAAACACCUGUAACCUUGACUGUGAACCGUGUCCGUAUAGCAGCGCGUUAGAUCACAGAAAGGAACUGGACAACUUGCGCGCCCGUGCAAAAUCUCAGCUCGAAACGAUUCAUCAGGAACACAACCCUUAUCAGUAUGAUGAAGACGAUCCCGUCGUGAGAGAGGUAGAGAUCAAACGAGCUGAGGCAAUCAAGAACUUGUUUAAGAGCAUCACAGUUAGAAGGCAGGAGUUUAUCCAAGUACUGACAGAUGAAUGCAUUGCCAAACUCGGACCUCCUCCCUGUAAGUACGCUUUCAUCGGCAUGGGGUCACAGGCCACAGAAUUGGUGACGCCAUACUCCGACGUGGAGUUCGCCAUUCUGAUUGAGGAGGGGAAGUAUGAUGAUGAUACACGGAGGUACUUCAUAAAUCUCACACACUUCUUACAUCUGAAAGUCAUCAACCUUGGGGAAACCAUCCUCCCAGCUAUGGCCAUCCCAUCACUCAACGACUUUCUCUCAGAAGACCCAGAGAAAGACUGGUUCUACGACUCUGUCACACCUCGCGGCUUUGCCUUCGACGGCUUCAUGCCAUGGGCUUCGAAGACUCCGUUUGGAAGAGACGAAACCAAAAGCAAACCUCCCGUUAGUCUCAUCCAGACUCCUGCCGACCUGGCCAAGUAUCAGUAUAUCAGAAUAGCUCUAGCGGAAGGCUAUCACCUGUCAGACAUCCUCAGACGGGUGACCUACUUAACAGGAGAUGAGUCUUUGGUAGAUGAGUAUACAACCAUUGUCAACAAAAGCGUAGACCGUUCCCCUGCUCUGUCACGGUUGUCAGCAAUGCUAAUACUGAAGGAUGACAUUCGGGAAAUAAUCAAUGUUGAACCAACCGACCAACUUCUGGAUGUGAAGAAGGAAAUCUACCGUUUUCCCAGCGUGGCCGUUGAUAUAUUGAGUAUUUGCUGCGGUAUCACGAUCCCCAGUGUAUGGGGAAUGAUAGAAGAGUUAGAGAAGACACAGCGGAUCAGUCACGAAGAUGCCCACCACUUGACUGUACUGAUCAGCAUCUCAGCGGAGCUACGGUUAAGAACCUACAUUGCCAACGGAGGACAGAAGGACAAACUGUCUCCUCUCACGGAGAUGAAAACCGAACUGGGGAAACAUGACGUAGAUGACACGGUAGUUGAGUCAGUUUUCCACAUACCGGACUCUAAAAUGUUGUUUAGGUACUACUAUACAGCCUUUCCAUUAAAAAGAUGCAUUAUGGACACAGUUCAAAUUAAGAAGGAUCAAACCACAAAGUUAUUCCGAACAGCUAUUUUUGACAACUCAUCUCAAACCAGGGGUCGAAUAACACAUCAGCUCUGUUGGAGUCACCUUGGUGAUCAAAGAAAAGCUAUCAGUUAUUACGAGCAGUCACUGAAGAUGAUGAAAGCUAUCUAUGGCGAAACAACGCCACAUCCAAACAUUGCUUCAUCACUAAACAACAUUGGGACCUGUUGGAAUGAUCUUGGUUAUCAGAGAAAAGCCAUCAGUUAUCACGAACAGUCACUGAAGAUGAUGAAAGCUAUCUAUGGCGAAACAACGCCUCAUCCCUACAUUGCUUCAUCAAUAAACAACAUUGGGAACUGUUGGUGUGACCUUGGUGAUCAGAGGAAAGCUAUCAGUUAUCACGAACAGUCACUAAACAUGAGGAAAGCUAUCUAUGGCGAAACAACGCCACAUCCCGACAUUGCUAAAUCACUAAACAACAUUGGGAAAUGUUGGAGUGACCUUGGUGAUCAGAGAAAAGCUAUCAGUUAUUAUGAACAGUCACUGAAGAUGAGGAAAGCUAUCUAUGGCAAAACAACGCCACAUCCCGAUAUUGCUAAAUCACUUAUCACCAUUGGGAAAUUUUGGAGUGAUCUUGGUGAUCAGAGAAAAGCUAUCAGUUAUUAUGAACAGUCACUGAAGAUGGAAAAAGCUAUCUAUGGCGAAACAACGCCACAUUCAGGCAUUGCGUCAUCACUAAACAACAUUGGGUUAUGUUGGAGUGACCUUGGUGAUCAGAGGAAAGCUCUUAGUUAUCACGAACAGUCUUUGAAGAUGAAGAAAGCUAUCUAUGGGGAAACAACGCCACAUCCCGACAUUGCUUCAUCACUAAACAACAUUGGGAGCUGUUGGAGUCACCUUGGUGAUCAGAGAAAAGCUAUCAGUUAUUACGAGCAGUCACUGAAGAUGAUGAAAGCUAUCUAUGGCAAAACAACGCCACAUCCUAACAUUGCUAAAUCACUAAACAACAUUGGGACCUGUUGGAGUGACCUUGGUGAUCAGAGAAAAGCUAUCAGUUAUUAUGAACAGUCACUGAAGAUGAGCAAAGCUAUCUAUGGCAAAACAACGCCACAUCCCGAUAUUGCUAAAUCACUAAGCAACAUUGGGACAUGUUGGAGUGACCUUAGUGAUCAGAGGAAAGCUAUUAGUUACCACGAACAGUCGCUGAAGAUGAGGGAAGCUAUCUAUGGGGAAACAACGCCACAUCCCGAAAUUGCUUCAUCACUAAACAACAUUGGGAUAUGCUGGGGCAACGUUGGUGACCAGAGGAAAGCUAUCAGUUAUUCUGAACAGUCACUGAAGAUGAGGAAAGCUAUCUAUGACCUCGCCAUGUUGCAGGUGUGUGAGAAACUCCGUGAGGCGGACGAGAAGGGCAGGAGGUACGGACUAGCCCGGGCGGAGACAGGCUACCUCCGUGCCCUGGUGGACGCCAUGGCCGACACGGACAGGCUGGCGGAAGUGGAGCUGCUCAAAACUCUGGGCGACGUGAACGUGGAGAAGGGAAGACUCGGGAAGGACGUGGGGAAGUUCAACACAGCCUUGGCGCUUUAUCUGGCUGCCAUGGUACGGUGUUACCAUGAAGAACAGGCAGAUGGUAUAGAACACCGCUACCACUACACGGAGAGGCUUUUACAAGGGGUGUCGUCACAGGGUAAGGAACAGCCAACAGAAGACAAGGAGACGACUACACCUGCAAAGGUAGCGGCAAAGUUUCAAGAUCUGGACAAGAGAGGGGCUACCGGAGGUAACACAGACUCUUUGCUGGUUGGAUACGCACAGGUGAUGGUAGAGGCGAUAGUAAAGGACAACAGCAUGUUAGAAACAGAAGCUAUCAAGAGUCUGGGUGACGUGUACCUGAAAAGAGGAACAGAAACUGGGGACACUAGAUACUUGACCAGAGCUACUGCUCUGUACAACAGGGCACUGGCGCGGUGUCACAACGUUCAUGGAGCAGUUGUCAUUGUUCACCGCUUACUACACACCGCAAAAGUCAGACAAGACAUCACCACAACAAGAAACAAGUUUUACGUCGCCAUGUUGCGGGUGUGUGAGAAACUCCGUGAGGCGGACGAGAAGGGUAGGAGGUACGGACUAGCCCGGGCGGAGACAGGCUACCUCCGUGCCCUGGUGGACGCCAUGGCCGACACGGACAGGCUGGCGGAAGUGGAGCUGCUCAAAACUCUGGGCGACGUGAACGUGGAGAAGGGAAGAACCGGGAAGGACGUGGGGAAGUUCAACACAGCCUUGGCGCUUUACAUUGCUGCUAUGGUACGGUGUUACCAUGAAGAACAGGCAGAUGGUAUAGAACACCGCUACCACUACACGGAGAGGCUUGUACAAGGGCUGUCGUCACAGGGUAAGGAACAGCCAACAGAAGACAAGGAGACGACUACACCUGCAAAGGUAGCGGCAAAGUUUCAAGCCCUGGACAACAGACGGGCUACCAGAGGUAACACAGACUCUUUGCUGGUUGGAUACGCACAGGUUAUGGUAGAGGCGAUAGUAAACGACAACGACAUGUUAGAAACAGAAGCGAUCAAGAGUCUGGGCGACGUGUACCUGAAAAGAGGAACAGAAACUGGGAACACUAGAAACUUGAGCAGAGCUACUGCUCUGUACAACAGGGCACUGGCGCGGUGUCACAACGUUCAUGGAACAGUUGUCAUUGUUCACCGCUUACUGCACACCUCAAAAAUCAGGCAAGACAUCAACACAACAAGAAACAAGAGGUCAACACGUACGCAACAAGAACGGAAGGGCCACUUCUCUCCCUUCUCAGCUGCGCCAUCUAGCGAGGAAACCACCAGUCAACGUAACAAUGAGAUAUCUUACCGCAGGUACAUCCAGACGGCAGACCGUGAUGUGAGAAAUGGAGACCUGGAUGCAGCGGAGCAGAACCUAGCAGCCGCCCUGAAGCUUGUUCACGAUCGCAGUAAACCCAACAAGGCUAAAGAAGCCGACUGUCUGUGCAGGUUGGGUGACGUCUACGUCGAGCAAGGUAAGCGGACAGCAGAAGGUAGGAAAUUCACACAGGCGGCAGCUCUGUAUAACGCCUCCAUGGCCAGAACAGAUGGAGACAAACAAAACAUGGUAACAAAACUGCAAGAAACAGAAAAACAGUUUCUUAGAAAAACCUGUAACCUAGACUGUGAACCGUAUCCGUAUAGCAGCGCGUUAGAUCACAGAAAUGAACUGGACAACUCGCGCGCCUGUGCAAAAUCUCAGCUCGAAAUAAUUCAUCAGCAACACAACCCUUAUCAGUAUGAUGAAGACGAUCCCGUCGUGAGAGAGGUAGAGAUCAAACGAGCUGAAGCAAUGAAGAACUUGUUCAAGAGCAUCACUAAAGAAAGACGAGAGUUCAUCCAAAUACUGACAGAUGAAUGCAUCGCCAAACUCGGACCUCCUCCCUGUAAGUACGCUUUCAUGGGGUUGGGGUCACAAGCCACAGAACUGGUGACGCCGUACUCCGACUUGGAGUUCGCCAUUCUGACUGAGGAGGGGAAGGUCGAUGAUGAUACACGGAGGUACUUCCUAAAUCUCACACACUACUUACAUCUCAAAGUCAUCAACCUUGGGGAAACCAUCCUCCCAGCCAUGGCCAUCCCGUCACUCAACGACUUUCUCUCGGAAGACCCAGAGAAAGACUGGUUCUACGACUUCGUCACACCUCGCGGCUUCGCCUUCGACGGCUUCAUGCCAUGGGCGUCUAAGACUCCGUUUGGAAGAGACCAAACCAAAAGCAAACCUCCAGUUAGUCUUAUCCAGACUCCUGCCGAGUUGGCCGAAUAUCAACAUCUGCACAUCGCCCUGGCGGAAGGCUAUCACCUGUCAGACAUCCUCAGACGGGUGACCUACUUAACAGAGGAUGAGUCUUUGGUAGAGGAGUAUACAAGCAUUGUUAACAAAAGCGUAGACCGUUCCCCUGUUCUGUCGCGGUUGACAGCAAUUCUAAUACUAAAGGAUAAUAUUGGACAAAUAGAAAACGUUGAAGCAACGGACCAACUUCUGGAUGUGAAAAAAGAAAUCUACCGUUUUCCCAGCGUGGCCGUUGAAGUGUUGAGUAUUUGCUGUGGUAUCACGAUCCCCAGUGUGUGGGGCACGAUAGAAGAGUUACGCAAGACACAGCGGAUCAGUGAUGAAGAUGCCCACCACUUGACUGUGCUGAUCAGCAUCUCAGCAGAGCUACGUUUAAGAACUUACAUUGCCAACGGAGGACAGAAGGACAGACUGUCUCCUCUCACGGAGAUGAAAACCGAACUGGGCAAACAUGACGUAGAUGACACCAUCGUUGAAUCAGUUUUCCACAUACCGGACUCUAAAAUGUUGUUCAGGUACUACUAUACAGCCUUUCCAUUAAAAAUAUGUUUUAUCGAUACAGUUCAAAAGGAAAAUCAAACCACAAAUAUAUUCCCAACAGCCAUCUUUGACAACUCAUCUCAAACCAGGGGUCGAAUAACACAACAGCUGUUGCAGUUAGACGCAUCCGUACGUUACUUUGAGGCAGCACUAAAAGAGGCCGGUGGUGACGAGGAAAACCAGUUUGAAAUACUUUUUGCGCUAGGCAAUGUCACUUACAGGCGCGGUGACUAUGAGAAAGCGAUCGGCUACUACAAACAGGCACUUAGCAUUGGAAAUACUAUUCAUGCAGGCACCGAAAUACGUCCCGUACUUUCCUCGUUACUUGGAAACAUUGGGGCAUGUUGGAGCGGCCUUGGCGAUCAGAGAAAAGCUAUCAGUUGUCACGAUCAGUCACUGAAGAUAUGGAAAGCUAUCUAUGGCGAAACAACGCCACAUCCCGACAUAGCUUCAUCACUAAAUAACAUUGGAGCAUGUUGGAGUCACCUUGGCGAUAAGAGAAAAGCUAUUAGUUAUUACGAACAGUCACUGAAGAUGAAGAAAGCUAUCUAUGGCGGGACAACAGAACAUCCCAGCAUUGCUGGAUCACUACACAAUAUUGGGGCAUGUUGGAACGACCUUGGUGAUCAGAGAAAAGCUAUCAGUUAUUUCGAACAGUCACUGAAGAUGAGGAAAGCUAUCUAUGGUGAAACAACGCCGCAUCCCGACAUUGCUUCAUCACUGAACAACAUUGGGACACGUUGGAGUGAGCUUGGUGAUCAGAGAAAAGCUAUCAGUUAUUUCGAACAGUCACUGAAGAUGAUGAAAGCAAUCUAUGGUGAAACAACGCCACAUCCUGACAUUGCUUCAUCACUAAACAACAUUGGGACCUGUUGGGGUGACCUUGGUGAUCAGAUAAAAGCUAUCAGUUAUUUCGAACAGUCACUGAAGAUGAUGAAAGCUAUCUAUGGCGAAACAACGCCACAUCCCGACAUUGCUAAAUCACUAAACAACAUUGGGAACUGUUGGAGUGGCCUUGGUGAUCAGAGAAAAGCUAUCAGUUAUUAUGAACAGUCACUAAAAAUGAGGAAAGCUAUCUAUGGCGAAACAACGCCACAUCCCGACAUUGCUGGAUCACUAAACAACAUUGGGACCUGUUGGGGUGACCUUGGUGAUCAGAGAAAAGCUAUCAGUUAUCAUGAACAGUCACUGAAGAUGAUGAAAGCUAUCUAUGGUGAAACAACGCCGCAUCCCGACAUUGCUUCAUCACUAUAUAACAUUGGAAUCUGUUGGCACAAACUCGGUGAUCACAGUAAAGCCCUCAGCUCUUACGAACAGUCACUGAAGAUGAUGAAAGCUAUCUAUGGUGAAACAACGCCACAUCCUGACAUUGCUUCAUCACUAAACAACAUUGGGACCUGUUGGGGUGACCUUGGUGAUCAGAUAAAAGCUAUCAGUUAUUUCGAACAGUCACUGAAGAUGAUGAAAGCUAUCUAUGGUCUGGCACAUCCCAACAUUGCACUAGUAAUGGACAACAUUAGAUCCUGUAAAAGUACCCUCCCCGAGUAAAGUAAAGCCGUUAGUAGAUAUAGCAAAUA